AUGGCCCGCUCUUCUAGUAUCGACUUAGACUCGCCAGAUCGGCCGUUUGACAACAUCAUCAAUUUCCGUGAUGUCGGCCGAACAAUCAACCAGUUCUGUGGUGCACAGUCCGUGUCUUCCUGUAUUGUCUUUGAUCCCCCUGAUCUGGCUACUGACGUCGGAAAUAGGAUUUUGAAAGAGGGCGUACUCUUUCGCAGUGCCAGGCCCGAUGAUGCGUCAGAACGAGAUACGCGCCGGAUGGCGGAAGAGUUUCACAUUGCCACCGUGAUUGACUUACGAUCAACAACGGAGCAUCAGAUGGCAACUCGAAAACGUCGGGCAGAGAAUGUGAAUGCAGGAGAAAAUGCCGAGAUUGAUUUAACUCGAACACCGGUACCAGUCAAUGCAGACGAGCAUUUGCUGCAGAUUCCAGAGUCUCGGCGGUGCUUGAUCAGUUUGACGGGCAAGGGACUAGAGCGCACAUUAUUAUGGAAGCUAGACUGGAUGAAUUAUAUGUAUGCUCCGUUGCACGUCCUAUAG